GCUUGUAAGCCAUGGCCUUGGGGCAUCCUUUCUUCAUCUCGGGCAAAAUCAUCACGGCCCGCUCCCCCCGCGGCCACAGAAUCUACAGGCCGACGAGCACCGGUGCAGCGCGGCCGCAGCAGCGGUACGCGCACCGGUGGCCGCGCGAGCGUGACGAGGGGACACGGCGGCAGCGGUACGAGCGAGAGAUGAUUAAAAAUGCUGUGGCCUCGCUGAUGGUGCGCCUCCACCACCUGCCCCGCGCGGCGCCCGCAUCGGCCUCGGUCUCCCCCGUCGCCGCCGCGGCCGCCAUGUCGACGGCGACGGAGCAGGCGGUCGCCGACCAGAAGCGCGCGCUGCGCUCCGAGGUGCGCAGGGCGCUCAAGACCCUCUCCCCCGACCAGCGCGCCAGCGAAGACCUGGCAAUUCAAACUACAAUUUUGAAUUCCUCCUGGUUCAAAGCAAGCAAACGGUUGUGUGCUUAUGUAAGUUGUCAGGAGUUGCGAGAAGUUGAUACAUCAAAAAUACUAGCAGAAGUUCUACGACCGAAUCCUGGAGAAGAGGAACAGGCAAAAGAUCUUUAUGUACCUCGAGUGGAGGAUAAGAACCGCAAUAUGCGGAUGCUUAAAAUCACCACCAUGGAUGAUUUAGUUAAAAAUUCAAUGAAUAUUCUGGAACCAUCACCAGUGGAUGCUAGCGGGAAUGAUCGCGAAGAUGUCUUGGCAGCCCCUUCCCUCGUUGAUCUUUUAUUAUUGCCUGGACAAGCUUUUGAUAGAACUGGUCGAAGAAUAGGGCGUGGCGGAGGGUACUAUGACACAUUCUUGCUGAAAUACCAAGAACUUGCAAAAGAGAAAGGGUGGAAUCAGCCUCUCUUAGUUGCUCUUUCAUACUCGGUGCAAAUUAUGGACGAAGGCAUCAUCCCAGUAAACUCAACAGAUGUUCCUAUCGAUGCUUUGGUCUCAUCCUCUGGUGUUAUUCCAAUAAGCCAUGCAGCGUUGGAGAUGAUGUAAUGAAGCUAAAUGGUUUUUUCUAUGCUUUGACAGCAAGCACCUUCUUCCUGAUAUCUGAUUGUACUAGUGAUGCACCAGCAAAUCAGGGGAAUUUUUCUUUUGCGCUUGGCUUCCUUCUGUACCAUUUUUAAUAAAUUAGACAUUUGAAGGUUCUUUUAUCUCAGCUAAUUUUAGAUGUAUUAUGUAUACUGCAAAUUCGUCUUUUGACCAAAUAGUUAAGUUUGAUAUAGUAAUAGGAGUUUUGUUGUCA